ACCGAAAAGAUGUCGUUUGGCAACAACUCUACUCCAGCUUACCAUGCUGCUACUAUCGGCAUCCACGGCGAUGACUGGUUAAAUAAAGAAUCAGAUGUCGCGCCCUCCCUUCACGUCUCUACUACUUUCCGUUAUACACGAAACCCGGACGAAUUGGUACCAGAACACGAAGCCGGACAGCCUGAGUCAACAGACUUUCCGCCGAUCUACAGCCGCGAAUCUGCGCCCAACACGACACGCUUCGAAGCACUGCUGUCACAAUUGCUUAAUGGCCGUGCCAUCACUUAUUCUUCCGGCCUUGGGGCCUUCAACGCGAUGAUGGUGUACCUGCGGCCCAACGUCGUUGCUAUUGGUCACGACAAACUGAGCGGCUACCAUGGUUGCCACGGUGUGCUAGCGCUGCACACUAAAAUGUACGGACUUAAACUGGCCGAUCUCCACAACGAGUCAACCUGGGACGAGCUUGGAUUAGGCAAAGGUGACGUUGUACACGUUGAGACGCCACUCAAUCCAUCCGGAGAAGCCUACAAUAUUGCGGCUUUCGUCGAAAAGGCACACAGGCGCGGCGCCUAUCUGUCUGUCGACUCCACUCUUGCACCACCAGGCCUACAGGAUCCCUUCGCUUUUGGCGCCGAUGUCGUCAUGCACAGCGGAACAAAAUACAUCGGCGGCCACAGUGACUUACUAUGCGGUGUCCUGGCCGUGCAGCGCGAAGACUGGUUCUGGGGCCUUUGGCAUGAGCGCAGCUGUCUCGGGAGCGUCAUGGGGAACAUGGAGAGCUGGUUGGGAAUCCGCAGCCUGCGUACUCUCGACUUACGCGUCCGCACUCAGAGCUUCAAUGUCGAGCGUCUCGUCAGUUGGUUGUAUGAGAACAUGAACUCUGGUGCGACGAGUAGUGAUCCGAAGGCUCGUCUUGUUGCUGAGUUGGUAGACAAGGUCUCCCAUGCGAGCCUGCAGACCGAGGAUCUUGAACAGGGGUGGCUGCGCAAGCAGAUGCCCAACGGUUUCAAUCCUGUGUUCUCGCUAUGGAUGAAAACGGAACAGGAUGCUCGUCGGCUUCCCAGCAAGCUCCUUCUUUUUCACCAUGCUACGAGUUUGGGUGGCAUUGAAAGCUUGGUUGAGUGGCGCCGGAUGAGUGAUCAAAAUGUUGACGCGACACUGCUGCGGUUUUCAAUCGGCGCUGAACGCUGGGAGGAUUUGAGAGACGAUUUAGCCAAGGGUUUCAGGGAGCUAACAGAAGAGAAAGGUAGCAACGAGAAGUAGAAGGUCAAGAAGUACGAUUGCAUUCUCUUAUUUAGUACCGUUCAAGGACUAGAUAAAUAGGCUUUAUUGGUUGAAUAUGUUAUGUUACUGGACAGUCAGAAGAAAU